GCUCGAAUUUUAAUUAUAGCCGUGCGGAUCAUCGGGCCUCAAGGCCCGGCCCAACUCGACACCACCACUACCUUAUCAAUUGUGAGCACAGGUCUCAACUGUAAUAACUAUUUACCGAUCAAUGUCCCUCCCAACAUCCACUCACUACCCUCUACUCCCUUCUCCUGCUCUGUCUAAUUUUCCUCAAACUCAUGACAGCCUCCCAUUACCACCAUCCAUCGCCACCGCCACCGCCACCGCCCCCGCCCGCUCCAAAUCCUCAUGGAUUGAAACUCUUCGCUCCCAAACCCGCUCAAACCAAUUCCAAGAUGCCAUUUCUACUUUUAUUCAAAUGCAAUUAUCUGGUGUUCAACCCGAUAAUUUUGCUUUCCCGGCUGCUUUGAAGGCCGUCACUUCCUUACAAGACUUGAAUUUAGGGAAACAGAUUCAUGGGUCUGUUGUUAAACUCGGCUAUGAUUCUUCAUCGGUCACCGUGGCCAAUACGCUUCUCCAUAUGUAUGGGAAAUGCGGGGAUGACAUCCACCAAGUCCUCAAGGUGUUUGCCAGAAUUCCCCAGAAGGACCAAGUCUCUUGGAACUCAAUUAUCAAUGCCUUGUGUAAACAUGAGGAGUGGGAGUUAGCUAUAGAAGCUUUUCGGUUAAUGCGGUUGGAGAAAAUCGAGCCUAGUUCAUUCACUUUGGUGAGCCUACUGCUUGCUUGUAGUAAUUUGAGUAGGAACCAUGGGUUAAGGAUUGGAAAGCAAGUUCACGGUUAUAUUUUGAGAGCGGAUGAUAGAAAGACAUAUACUAACAAUGCUUUGAUGUCAAUGUACUCCAAAUUAGGGAGAGGUGAUGAUGCCAAGGCUAUAUUCGAGUGGUUUACCAACCGAGAUAUGGUUUCUUGGAAUACCCUCAUUAGUUCAUAUUCACAAAAUGAUCGAUUCUAUGAGGCAUUGGAGUGUCUGAGUUUUAUGAUAGUCGAAGGAUUUAAACCUGAUGGGGUCACGAUUUCAAGUGUGCUUCCUGCAUGUUCCCAUUUGGAGCUAUUGGAUGUUGGGAGAGAAAUUCAUGCUUAUGUAUUAAGGAACGAUGAUUUAAUGGGGAAUUCCUUUGUGGCCAGUGCUUUGGUGGACAUGUAUUGCAACUGUAAACAAGUUGUGUUUGGGCGCAGAGUCUUUGACAGUGCGGUGGUGGAUCGGAAACUUGGCCUCUGGAAUGCUAUGCUUGCUGGCUAUACCCAAAAUGGUUUCUAUAAGGAGGCCUUGAUGUUAUUUAUGAAGAUGGUAUUGGUCUCGGGUCUUUUUCCAAAUCCAACCACGAUGGCUAGUGUUUUGCCAGCUUGUGUGCAUUGCAAAGUUUUUGCAGAUAAAGAAGUGAUGCACGGUUAUGUUAUAAAGUUGGGUCUUGGAAGGGACAGGUAUGUCCAAAAUGCCCUGAUGGACUUGUAUUCCAGGACAGGAAAGAUAAAUAACUCUAAGUACAUAUUUGGCACCAUGGAGAGUAGAGAUAUUGUUUCUUGGAAUACGAUGAUAACUGGUUAUGUUGUUUGCGGAUACUAUGAAGACGCACUUAUUUUGCUUCAUAAAAUGCAAAUAGCAGAAACAAAAGAUGAUAAGGAUGAUCUUGAUGAUAAUAUUAUGUUCUUGCUUAAACCAAAUUCAAUAACACUCAUGACUGUCCUUCCUAGUUGUGCUGGUCUAACAGCACUAUCUAAAGGAAAAGAGAUUCAUGCUUACGCUAUCAGAAAUGUGCUAGAAUCUGAUGUUGCAGUUGGUAGUGCAUUGGUUGAUAUGUAUGCCAAGUGCGGGUGCUUAAAUCUAGCACGGAGAGUUUUCGAAAGCAUGCCUACCAGAAAUGUGAUAACGUGGAAUGUGAUCAUCAUGGCUUAUGGGAUGCACGGGAAAGGAGAGGAAGCAUUGGAACUUUUUAGAAGGAUGGCAGCUGUAGGAGCCAGCCAUGGAGAGGUGAAGCCUAAUGAGAUUACUUUCGUUGCAGUUUUUGCAGCGUGUAGUCAUUCUGGGAUGGUAGAUGAAGGAAGAAAGUUGUUUCGCGAAAUGAAAGAGGUACAUGCACUCGAACCCAAUGCAGAUCAUUAUGCUUGUAUUGUGGACUUGCUUGGUCGAGCAGGUAAUCUGGAUGAAGCAUAUCAAAUUAUCAAUAGCAUGCCCCCUCAAUACGACAAGGUAGGGGCUUGGAGUAGUUUGCUUGGUGCUUGCAAGAUCCACCGAAACAUACAACUUGGAGAAAUUUCAGCCGAAAAACUCCUUGAGUUAGAGCCAAAUGUUGCUAGCCACUACGUUUUACUCUCUAAUAUAUAUUCAACUUCUGGACUUUGGGAAAAGGCUAUUGAGGUUCGAAGGAACAUGAAAGAAAUGAGGGUAAGAAAAGAACCUGGGUGUAGCUGGAUUGAGCUUGGUGAUGUAGUUCACAAGUUUUCGGCUGGAGAUUUAUCGCACCCCCAAAGCAAACAGCUCUACCGCUUUCUUGAUAAUCUAUUCACUAGAAUGAAAAAAGAAGGUUAUGUGCCUGACACUUCCUCCGUUCUUCAGAAUGUCGACGAGGAUGAAAAGGAGAAUCUACUUUGUGGACACAGUGAGAGAUUAGCAAUGGCCUUCGGUCUCCUCAAUACCCCUCCUGGCACCACUAUUCGAGUAGCCAAGAAUCUUAGAGUCUGUAAUGACUGCCACACCGCUACUAAAUUUAUUUCAAAGAUUGUAGACAGGGAAAUCAUUGUGAGGGAUGUUCGAAGGUUUCAUCAUUUCAAGGAUGGAACUUGCUCUUGUGGGGAUUAUUGGUGAUGUUUUUUGUCUCAUCACAAGAGUUUUGUUGUAUUCUAAUACUGCUAAUUGAAGUCAAAAGUUGUAAACUAUUCCAUUUGUCAUGCAGUCCAUCUUUGAGAAAAUCAUUGGAGCUUAGCUUAGAUGUCUGGUUCUAGAAAUGAACGCAAUUGAACAUUAUAUUACGAUGGCUUCAUUAGCCUAACUCAUCAUCAUCUAUUACCUUGUCUUUGUA